GUUGAACCAGAAAAUCUAACACCAAUCUUGAUAGAAGUGCAACAUGAAGUAAAUGACGAGUUUAUGUCAAGAGAAAUUACAUAUUGUUUAUCCUUUAAAAAAGAGUAUGGACAGUCAGCAAUCUUGCUCAUCAUUGCAAUCAAAGCUGUUACUGAUGACGUUAAAUUGAAAUUUGCGAAUUUGAAUCAUGAUCAAGAUUAUUUGGACGUUCAUGAUAGUGGAUUUUGGGCAAAAAAAUGUCAGAUACUCUCAGCUACAUCUAUUCAAUCUCAUUUAAAAGAAAUUCCUUUACAAAAGUUGGUAGCUUUAGGUCACUUCUUCAUACAACAAAAAAGAUGUAUACUCUCGCUCGAUAAAAAAUAUGACCCAACUAUCCAGCUAUUGUACCAAAUUGCCAAAGAGAAGUUUGAAGACGAAUGUCCUGUCGAAGAGGAAAAACUUGCAGUUAUUCAAGAUUUAUGCUACAAAGGCAAAACACGAUUUCGUAAAAUCAUCGACUGUAUAGAAAAUAACGAGCCAACAGAAAAAAUUAUGCAACAUGCGUUAAAUGGUGAAUGCUUUUUCAUGCAUCAGGCAAGGAAAUUUGAUGAAAAGCAAAGGGAGCUAACCCCCAUAGAGGACACUCCAGAUGUAAGCAGCCUUACCACGACAACGUAUCACAACAACAGCUUGGCAAUGGAUGAUAAUACUUUUGUUGAAAAUUUUAUUGCUAACAAGACCGGAGGAAUGAGCUGGAAGCGCUGCUAUGAAGAAGGAAAAGAAAAAGGGUUUUUUUCGAAUUAUACAACUUGGAAAUCCUUAAAAUCAGCUCACAAUAGAAAAUCA